CCCAAAUGAGAGGAUCAGACAAGUUAGACCGUCGCUACUGCAGCCUAUAUAAGACGGUUCAAAAUAAUUAGUCUCGAACUUCGUAUACAACUGUGGUCAGGUGAGAUGGCUGUUUCGGUCGUGAAUGUAGUGAUCCUUCUGGGAGUGUUUCUUGGGGAUUGUGCACACUCCCAAGAGCUGAAAUAUGAAACUCAUCCUCCGUACGUGCAGUCAACUGUUCAGACUCUGACGUCUACCACGACUGUGGUUGUCACCCAUACUGUUCGUCAAAUGGUUACCUCCGGCGUGGCUGACGAAAUAGUAACUACUUAUACUCCUGUGGUGACUUCUCUUGUCACGGAAUACAACUUUACUGGAAUCGGUGUAGGGGCGGAUACAGCGGUUAUCACUAGUACCAGCACACCGGUCCUCGUGGUAACGAGCACCCGGGUCAUCAGCCCUGUUAGAACCUUCGUUUCGAUUUUCUCUUCCUUCACAACGGUUAUUGUAACGGAUGACUUCGUGUUCUCGGUCACUAGUGAGGUGACAUGGCUUACGACCCAGAUCAGCCCCGUCUACGAGACCCGCGUGUUACAGCAAGCGGUGGCGACUACAACUACGCACUACUCCACGGUCACUACAACACUAACCACUCACGAAUACGGUUACCACAACUAGUGCGUGGGAUUUGAAUACGAUGUGUUUCCGUUCUGAGAAUAAUAAAGUCAAUUGGUUAA